AUGUCCAAGGGCGAGAGCGGUAGCGAAGGGACAUACGGCGAUGUCAUAUACUUGGGGCGACCCAACGCAAACCAAGACCAUCGUUUGCAACCAGCAGACAUUGACUAUAGUUAUAUUUGGAUCGACGCGAUAUGUAUCAACCAGGACGAUAUCAAGGAGCGCAGUGUUCAGGUGGCACAGAUGGGGUUGACCUUCUGUCAAGCCAAGCAGACGAUCGUCUGCCUCACGGAACCGCGAUAUGAAGCCGCGAGGGCUGCUGCGGUCGAGCUGCCGCAGCCAAGAUAUAAUCCUAACGAGUUGUUGCGAAGUCUCGCCCCCGAGGAUCUCUACGACCUAUAUGACCGCUAUAUUGGCGCCGAUUUCGACAACAAAGCCAAGUACACCGCUCUUAGGCCAGUAGUACUCUUCUAUAGUCCUUGGUCAGUCCACCUGGCCACGAGCCUCGUAAUCAAUUGA